AUGGAGGGCUAUGUCAGAGACCAGCACCGCGAGUUCUUCAUCAGGCUGUACAAGCCAGUGUGCGGUCACCUCCGCCUCCCCACACCGUUUGCUCGGAUAAUGGAACUUGACCCGCCGCAGGCCUUGAGGCUGCAUAUGAGGGGCUUCGGGAAUGGCGGCAUGCGGGUCAACGUCAACUUCCCCGCCCCUCACGUCAUGUAUCUCCGCCGUGGGUGGAAGACCUUUGCCCGCGCCCAUAGCCUGUCGGAGGGGCACGUUCUCCAGUUCAAACUAAUGGAGAAUGGCCUGCUCUCCGUCAAGGUCUUCGGGCACUUGGGAACCCGCUUAGGGUGCUACGCGGAGAGCUCCACCGACAACGAGACUUCCUCCUCGGGCGAUAGUGACGAGGAGGACAGUGACAACGACGACGAGGGUAGCAGGCGGGAGGACGCCGAUUCCGACUCCGGCUGA